AAACACAAAAAAAAAUUCCUACAAUGGGUAAACAUUCAAAAAAAAUAACAACUGGAGAUUGGAACGAAGAAGGUCUUUUAGUUACUGGAAGUGAGGAAAAAGUGCUUACAGUAAGUAAUCAUAAUUCCGAUACAAAAUUUGAUUCUGUAGGCGUGAAAAUGGAGCCAAGAAACGUAAAAUGGGCUAAGCCUAAAUUGGAUGAACGAGAAAUUUCAAAUAAAACAAUAACAGCAUCCCUAAAUUAUAAAAGUUUACUAAUGUUUGAUGUAAGUUCAAAUAAAACUCCUUUGGAACUAGUUUUUGAGGCCAAAUAUGGAAAAAUGGUUGAUUAUUAACUUUUUGGAGACGGAUAUAUUGUAGUAGCCUUUACUGAAGGUUAUGUUUCCCAUAUUUCUACUCAUAAUUAAGAACUUAGAGAUGAAAUAUAAUCAAAAAGAAUUUUUUAGAGUUCUUUAGAUGCAAUGUGUACUAAUAAUUUAGUUUAUAAAUUAGCUGCAGCAGGGGAAAACUAAAUACAUAUAUAUAAUUUAGGAAGUUGGGACGAAAUUGUUUAAUAAAGAAUUGAACUUCCAAAGAACGCUGGAACAGUUACAAAAAUGGAAUGGGCUGGAAAUGGAUAACUUUUAGUUAUUUCAACAUCAAAUGGUCAUAUUUAUGGAUAUUUGACUAGUAUUCCUUAAUUAACAAGCAUAUAUGGGCCUGUUGUAGCUGUUUUAACUUCUUUUGUAGAAGUUGCAAUAAUAGAAUCUUCGAAAAUUAGUUAAACUAAUACUUUAACUGCAAUUAAUUUAGAAAACGAACCGGCUUUUUUGUCUUUAGGAUUAUAUCAUUUAGCGGCAGGAAUCAAUAAUAUAAUUUGGUAUUAUUUAUGGUUAGAUUAGAAAAGGAAUGCAAUCAUUAAAGGAGGUGAAUUAGUAUAAAAAAGAGAUUAUAUGGGUAACGUUAGAGAUGUUAAACUUAAUGAUUUUUGGGCAGCAGUUCUAUCAGAUGGAAAAUGUAUUCUACAUCCAAUUGUUCAUUCUAAUUAAAUUAAAGAUAUAAAAUUUCCAUAAUCAGAUAAUGAAAAGUUAAUUGUUAAUAUUGGAUUAACUAAAGAUUUUCUGAUUCUUUUAGAUUAGUAAGGAAAAAUUAGAUAUUUUCAUUUGGAAGAUUAAUAAUUUAUUAUUGAAUAUUUACCAAACACUGGAUUAGAAAUACUUAUUAUUAGAAUAUAUCCUAAUUUUUCAGGGACAAGAAUUGUUUGUAUAGAUAAUAAAGGAUUGGCCUUUGUUUUUGAAACUGCUUCGGAAUAAUUUCUUCCUUUGCAAAAUUUUCCUUAGAGAACAGAAAGAAUUAUUUGGGAUUAAAAAGAUCCUAAUCUUUUUGUUACAGUUGAAAAUGAUAAAUUAUUGACAUUUAUUAUAAAUAAAAAUAGUAUUAACGGUACUAUAAUUUAACCUGUAUAAGAACUUCUAGCCAUAGAAUAAAUUAAAUAACCUGGUCAACCAGUUCUUACUAUUCUUGAAAGAGGUAUAAAACCAAUUGCUUUAACUAAUGGAUAUUUAAAAUGUUUCACUGCUAACGGGACAAUAGCUGGUUAAAGUUUGACAUCUCACAGCUAUUUAAAUAAUUAUAAAGGUGCUGAAGACACUGAAUAAGGUCAGUACAGGUAUUUUUUACAAAACCUAUAACUACAUAAAUACAACAACUGUUUGUUGGCUGCAUGCAUUCUUGAUAAUAUAACAUUAUAUAAUGAAUUGGGUAGAAGGGCAUUAGAAUUUGUAGAUUUAAAAGUUGCUCUUAAAGCUUUUUAGUUGGCUGGAAAUUUAUCUAUGGUAAUGACUAUAUAAAGUUUUUUACAUGUAAAUGAAAAAAAUAUAAUUUUUGGAAAUGUCGCAAUGGUUUUGGGUAUGUAUGAUCUUGCUUAAGAACUUUAUUUGAAAAGCUCUUAACCAAUUUUUGCACUUGAAAUGAGAUCAGACAUUUAAGAUUAUUUGGCAGCUUUAAAUUUGGCUAAAAAUAUUGCACCUUAAGAAGAGCCUUUCAUCUGUAGAAAAUUAGCCUUUUAAAUUGAGAAUCAAGGUAAUGCCUAAGAGGCUAGAAAAUUGUAUGAAAGAGCUAAUUUAAUUAAUAAAGAAAGUUUACUUGUUCAUGAAAAGGUUAAAAUUGAAGCUCAUACUUAAUAAUGUUUUGCUGGUAUUUCUAGAACUUCGAUUAAAUUAGGAGAUAUUCCAAGAGGAGUUAAUAUUGCGAGAGAAUUAACAGAUAAUAAUAUUAUUAUUGAAAUCGCUGUUGUAUGCGAAAAUAUGAAAUAAUAUAUUGAAGCUGCAGAACUUUACUAAAAGUCUGGACUUUUAGAAAAAGCAGCAUCUCUUUAUAUCUAGUCAAAAUAAUUCAAAUUAGCAACUCCUUUAAUGAGUUAAAUAAAAUCUCCAGUAUUGUUAAAGUAAUAUGCAAAAUCUAAAGAAUCUGAAGGAGCUUACAAUGAAGCCGAAUAAGCUUAUGAAUAAGCAGAAUCUUGGGAGGAUGUAAUCCGUUUAAAUCUAGACAAGUUAGAUAAUUUAGGAAAAGCUAAAGCCGUUUUAAGAAACAAAUGUUCUACUAGUACUGUUUGUUAAAUGGUUGCUAAUGUUUGUGAAAAAUAAGGAAAUUAUGAUGAGCAUGUAGAGUUCAUGAUUUUAGCAGGAAAAAAAGAAGAAGCAUUUUUAAAAGCUCAAUAAUAUAAUGUAAUGGACUCAUAUGCAGAUAACAUGAAAGAAUUUACACUCGAAGAACGAUUAAGAAUUGCACAAUUUUACGAAAAUUAAGCAAUUUGGCUAAAAGCAGCAUAACAUUAUGAAUAAACAAAAAAUCCAAUGAAAUCAUUAAAGUUAUAUUUCAAAGCAGGGGAUAUGCAUAUAGAUGAGAUGAUAGAAUUAGUUUACCGAAAUAAGAGUUAAGAAACUUUAAAUUCUACUCUUUUAGAUUAUUUAUUAGGAGAAGUAGACGGAUAACCUAAAGAUCCAAUUUAUUUAUUAAAAUAUUAUGAUAGAAUUGGAAAUAUAAAUGCUUUGGUAAAAAUUGCAAUAACGAUAGCUACAGAUGAUCAUGAUUAAGGCAAUUAUAAAGCAGCUCAUGAUAGACUUUUCGAAACAUUAUAAAAAGUAAAAGAGCAUAAUGUACCUGUUCCAUUCGAUUUAGAAUAAAAGUUAAUGAUUAUACAUUCUUAUUUAUUGGCUUCAAAAUAUAUAAAAUCUAAAGAUGAUGAAAAAGAAAGUGAAAUCGCUGCCUUUUUACUUAAUCGUGUCUGUAAAAAUAUAAGUUAGUUUUCAACAACUCAUACUGUCAAUAUUCUUACUACAGCAGUUAUUGCGGCUAUGAAAUGUAAAAAUAAGCCUUUAGCAUAUAGAUGGUCUAUUGAGCUUGUAAGACCGGAAUAUAGAUAAAGUAUUAAUGAAAAAUACAAAAUGAAAAUAGAAAAUAUUGCAAGAAAACCAUUAAAAGAAGAAGUUGUUGAAAAUAAAACGGAAUGUCCUUUUUGUAAAGAACUUGUUGAUGAAUAUAGUCUUGUAUGUAAUAGUUGUUAAAAUUCUAUUCCUUAUUGUGUUGCUACAGGAUAACAUAUUAUUGCUAAUUAAUUAUGUUUUUGUCCUUCUUGUAAAAUGCCAGCGAAUAUUUAAAUGUUUAAAAAAUAUCUAUCUAUUAAUGAAAAUGUAUGCCCUAUGUGUUAUCAAACUAUUAAUUUGGAUGAUAUUAAAUAAGAAAAUCAAACAGAUGCUUCAAAAUUACUUAAAUAGUUAAAAUAAAACAAAUGA